ACAAAUAGCCUAAUGGUCCAUUUUAUUAUGUGUAUAUACCCUACUUCAGAAGUGAACCAUAAACAUGACACAAGAUUGUGUGUGUCUUACAAGGUCUUGUCAUGGUAUGCAUCUUGUUAUCUCUCUACAUCUGGCUUGUCACUUCACCAACCUCCUUGUGUUGUUUGAGACUGGUCGGUCGCCUGGAAUUUGUCAGCAUGGGUAUAUACAGUCUUACAGACUUGAUUUUAAGGCACAUGGUCUUUAUAAUGCAUCAAGGUGCCUU